AUGGGUCUGUUUCGGUCGCUUUUGCAAUUACUCCUUCUCGAUCUCAUCGUGGCGCAACAGAAGGCGAACUCGGCGGGGCAGGGGCGCUCGCACCGCUGGGCGCGCGUGUGCGACGACUCCAACUGGCCCGAGGUGCUCCGACGGUACGUCCUCCUAACGCGGUCCACCACCCACCACCCGCUGUCGCUGCUGGAGGACCUGGGGCUGUCGGUGGAGCCGCCGGGGCCGGCGGUGAAGGCGGAGGGGGGCGCGGAGGGGGAGGGGUCGGCGGGCGCGAUGGACGUCGACGAGGACGAGAAGAGUGAGAAGGGGGGGGGUUGGGAGGAGCAGAACCUUGAUGAGAGACUCGACAAGGGCGCGCCGCUGCGGGGCGUGGACGGGAGCAUGGGGAAGGACCCGAGCGACGACGAGGCGGUCGUGCGCGUGGCGGUGGAGAUGUCGCGGAAGCGGCUGUGGGAGCUGCCGGCCCGGGAGGUGCUGCGCGUGCUGCGUACGCUGUGCGACGACGCGUGCCUGUCCGACAGCGUGAAGAAGACGGUGGACAGCCGGCUCGAGCACGCGACGAAGGCGGAGCAGGAGGCGAAGGGGCGGGGCGGGAAGAAGGCCGCGGCGGCGGCGGCGCUGCUGCCCGGGACUGCCCCGGGGACUGCGGUGCAAAACACCCCCACCGGGUCGGCCAUGCAGGGCGCGGGGGACGGCGGCGACGCGACGGCGACGAGCGACGACGCGCAGCAGGGCGAGCAGGGCUUCACCACGCGUUGCCUCGGCAGCGACCGCAACGAGGCGCGCUACUACUGGUUCCGCGGCGCCCCCGCCGCCGUCCUCGUCCUCCCGCACAACAUCGACGCGCCGGGCGCCGGAACGCGCGCCUGGGCGGCGCUGCGCACCAAGGGCGAGCUCGACGACCUCAUGGCGCGCCUCACCAACCGCGGGUCGCGCGAGCGCGACCUGCUGGCGAACCUGCAGAAGUCGUACGACGCCCUGCUCAAGGCGUUCGCGGAUGGACCCGGGCCGGACGCGUCCGCGGAGCUGCGCGAGCAGCCGCCCGCCGUGGCGUCGGGGGAGCCGCUGGCGGAGGGCGCGACGCCGACGUACACGCACAACCUCCCGCGGCUGAUCCAGCAGGCGGGCGGCGCUGGCGGCGGCGGCGGCGGCGGCGGCGGGGGCGGCGGGGGCCGCGGGGACGAGGACAACGCGUUCGGCGUGUGCAUGUGGUGCCUGGACGCGGACGGCACGUCGUUCGUGUGCGAGAACGAGCAGGGCCAGUGUUGCGUGGUGAUCUGCCCCAAGUGCCUCGGGGUAUCGUUAGACGAGCUGGACGCGUCGGGGAAGAAGUGGUACUGCCCCGACUGCCAGGCGGAGCACAAGUCGGACCCGGACGUCCUCCGCCUGGUCCCGGACCGCGCCCGCGAGGAGAUGCGCAACACCAAGGGCAUUCCUGGGAAGCUGGAUGUGUACUGCGAGAGCAAGGACCGCACACAGCGGGUGUACGCGAAGCUGGUGGUGUCGCGGCUGAACCGGCUGGAGAAGUUCGAGUUCACGGACUCGCGCGGGCGCACGAAGAUGGUCUCGGGCGGCGCGAUCGAGAAGAUGGUGGGGCGGGAGAAGGACCGGCAGUGGAAGAACACGAUUCAGGUCUGCUCGAACGGCUGGAAGAUCUCGAAGUGGCUCCGGGAGCACAACAUCAAUCCGGCGAAGCGCGGGACGCGUAAGAAGGGCGAGGGCGACGAGGCGGGGGCCGCGGCGGACGGCGGUGGCGGCGGGAACGCAGGCGGCAACGCGAGUGCCGCGCAGGCGUCGGAGCGGCCUCCCGCGACGGGGCCCGGCGGCGGAGGGCGCGCGUCGAGGACGCCCGCGGCCGCGAUGAUGCAGCGCCGCCCGAAGCAGCGCGCGUGGGACCCCCCCCGGGGCCUCGAGGGCAAGGCGUGGUUCUACCGCCUGGGGGUGUUUUGCGGGGCGCGGCAGCUCGCGCGCACGGCGCUGGACGUGCACCUCCUCGCGGACGUCGUCGGCAAGCCCGAGCCGUUCGGCAUGACCGACGAGGAGUGCGACAGGCAGCUCGAAGCCGUCAGCACCGUCAAAGAGCUGUGCGCGUGGGCGCGCAGGUUCGAGGCCCACUGCAAGGAGCUCGGGAGCGGCCUCCCGCUCGGCGCGCAGGUCUGGGACGAGCAGCCCGAGCGCGUCGCGGCCACGGCGCCCGACCCCGGCCUCCACGCACGCGACAUUUACCUCGACACAGACUGCACGAUCAAGGAGCCGGCGCCGCCGCCGGACGAGAACCGCGGCCUCCCCACGGGCGUCGUCAGCACGGGCGCGCCGUCUGGCGCCGGCGAGAACACCGACGCGCCCCCCGGCGAGGCGACGACCGGCACGGAGGCGAAGCCCGACGUCAAGGACGCUGGCGACGGCACGGAGGCGACGGGCGACGGCGAGCAGGCCGCGCCGGAGUCGACCGCGGACGCGGGCGGCCACGGCAUGGUCGUGGAGGCGCGGCGGUAUAUGCAGCGGCCGAAGCCGCUACCCACGGAGGUCAUCGAGCGGGAGAAGGCGGCGGCGGAGGCGGCGGCGCAGAGGGAGCGGGAGCUGCGGGAGCUGGCGGAGGAGGAGGACGCUGUGCCGAAGGGCCCGCUGCCGAAGACGGCGGUCGACGUGGACGACAACACUAUCUUUCUGCGGCGGCGCGCGGUGGUGGUGCCUGCGGAGGACGUGGACGACUCGGACAUGGAGUACGCGUACAAGAUCGGGCAGUCCCUCUGGCGCUCCAAGCGCGAGCGCGGCAUGUGGCUGCGCGCCCUGAGCGCCGCCGAGGCGUGCGAGGACUCCGCGCUCGCCUCGUACCUCUGCGCCCUGUUCGCGGACCAGGCCUCGCCGCUGUACGACAAGUGCCUCCAGGACACGGCCAACCGCGGCGACGAGGAGCUCGUGCGGCAGCACAAGGACCGGCUACGUGAGCGCGGCAUCAGCGUCAAGCGCAGCCUAGAUCCGGGCUACGUGCAGACGCUCGUCGACAGCCAGAACGACGCCAAGCGGCAGAAGGUCGACGGCGACGCGUCCGCGGCCGCGGGGCAGCAGCCGACGUUCGAGGUCCGCACAGUUGCGGCCACCGGCGGCGACGGCGGGCCGGACACGUGGCACGACGUGUGCGAGGUGUGCAAGAACCCGGGCGACCUGCUGUGCUGCGACAAGAAGGGCUGCCCGAACACGCUGUGUCUGAUGUGCCUCGGGCUCGACAAGGCGCCGGAGGGGGAGUGGUUCUGCAACAGGUGUCAAGGCAAGCCGCUGCCACCGCCCGCGCGGCCGCCGCCGGGCUUCGCGGUGUCGCCGCCGCCCGCGGUGCCGCCCGCGGUGGGCAACGGCGGCGCGCAGGCCGCGCCGGCCGCGACGGGCAACGGCAGCGCGCCCGCCGGCGCCGCGCCAAUGGAUGCGGACGGUGGGAUCUGA